UCUUCGCACAUCUCUCUCUCUCCUUCUCUCUCUGUAUGUGGUCUCAACAUCAAUUAAAUAACACUCUUUCUCUUCCCUCUGCAAACCCACAAAUCCUCUUUAUCAUUCCAUACUACAUCAUUCAAGAAUCAAAAGGCUGCCGACUGUAACGGAUUUUCAAUUGGUCUUGAUGUUGCCAUAUACAUUAAUUGGUGAUUUGACUUGAAUAGCAUCUAAUUAGUCCACAAAAUGUUUGAUUGUGGUUACAAGUCACAGUACAUUGGGGGCCAGAGGGAGAAAUUUGUUAGAUUGGACGAAGUGAACUCUACAGUGUCAAUGGCUUCUAAUGUUGGUGGAGCAAAGAGAUGUGGAUUUAGUUUCGAGGGAUUCGGUUUUACCAGACGUGCAAAAAAGAAUACAUCUAAAUCCUUUAGGAAGGGAGUGAAAAAGGGAUCAGAAGGACUUAUGACAUUUGGUCAAGCACUUCGAAGCGGAGUCACUCGUGCAGUAUUCCCAGAAGAUCUUACAGUUUCCGAGAAGAAGAUAUUUGACCCUCAAGACAAAUCACUACUUCUAUGGAACAGACUUUUUGUCAUAUCAUGUAUUCUUUCAGUGUCCAUUGAUCCUUUGUUUUUCUAUCUUCCUGUCUUUGACCAGGCCUCAAAUUGCCUUGGUAUGGAUAUAAAGUUAGCAGUCACAACUACAACUAUAAGAACAAUAGUUGAUUCUUUCUACCUUAUCCGCAUGGCACUUCAGUUCCGCACAGCUUAUAUUGCACCAUCGUCAAGAGUGUUUGGACGAGGAGAACUUGUAAUAGAUCCUGCACAAAUAGCUGCACGAUAUUUAUCUCGUUACUUUAUCGUUGAUUUCCUUGCCAUUCUACCCAUACCACAGAUUGUGGUGUGGAAUCAUCUUGGGAAAACAGCAGAUUCAGAGGUAUGGGCUACAAAAAGUGCUUUGCUAGACAUUGUAUUUCUUCAAUAUGUACCGAGGUUUGUUCGCUUUAUACCUUUGACUUCAGAACUGAAAAAGACAGCGGGUGUUUUUGCUGAAAGUGCUUUGGCUGGUGCUGCAUAUUAUUUGCUUUGGUACAUGCUUUCCAGUCACAUAGCUGGUGCUUUCUGGUAUUUACUAGCCGUCGAGCGUAAUGACACAUGCUGGCAGAGAGCUUGUCUUGAAUCUGAAAAAUGCAACCUCAGUUUCUUGUUCUGUGGCAAUGGGAAUCUGCCUGGUUUUGCAGAGUGGCAAGGCGUCAGCCGUGAUGUUCUUGGUAGCCAAUGUUCUAUAGAAGAUGAAAAUUCACCAUUUAACUACGGAAUUUACACACAAGCUAUAUCAUCCGGCAUCGUUUCAUCCAGAAUUUUUUUCUCUAAAUUCUGUUACUGCCUGUGGUGGGGCCUGCAAAAUCUGAGCACACUUGGUCAGGGACUCCAAACUAGUACAUAUCCGGGAGAGAUCCUCUUUUCCAUAGCAUUAGCGAUUUUCGGGCUUAUACUCUUUGCGCUUCUUAUUGGAAAUAUGCAGACCUACCUUCAGUCUCUAACUAUUCGUCUAGAGGAGAUGAGAAUCAAAAGGCGCGACUCUGAGCAGUGGAUGCAUCAUCGUUUGCUUCCUCAGGAUCUCAGGGAACGUGUUAGGCGCUACGAUCAAUACAAGUGGCUGGAAACAAGAGGAGUGGAUGAAGAAAGCAUAGUCCAGAGUUUACCAAAAGAUCUCAGAAGAGACAUCAAGCGGCAUCUUUGUUUGAAUUUGGUUAGAAGAGUCCCUCUGUUUGCCAAUAUGGAUGAAAGGUUGCUCGAUGCCAUCUGUGAGCGACUAAAGCCAAGUUUAUGCACAGAGAGCACUUACAUAGUCCGAGAAGAAGACCCAGUUGAUGAGAUGCUUUUCAUCAUUCGUGGCCGCCUUGAGAGUGUAACGACAGAUGGUGGAAGGAGUGGGUUUUUCAACCGGGGUUUACUCAAAGAAGGGGACUUUUGUGGAGAGGAGCUUCUGACUUGGGCGCUUGACCCCAAAGCCGCUUCUAACCUACCAUCAUCUACUAGGACAGUGAGGGCUAUCACAGAGGUUGAAGCCUUUGCAUUGGAAGCUGAGGAGUUGAAGUUUGUUGCAAGUCAAUUUAGGCGCCUUCAUAGCAGGCAGUUACAACACACUUUCCGUUUCUACUCACAGCAAUGGAGGACUUGGGCAGCUUGCUUUAUACAAGCAACAUGGCGCCGGUACGCUAGAAGGAAAAAUGCAGAACUUCGUCAACAGGAAGAAGAUUUCCUGAGCUAUGAUGAGGAUGAAGAAUAUGAUGAUGAAAGCGCAUUAGUCGAAUCAAAUGAAGCUCCUGCAGAGGCUUCAUCGAGUCUUGGUGCAACCUUUUUGGCAUCUCGCUUUGCAGCCAAUGCACUCCGCGGCCAUAGGCUUCGCAGCAUAUCAUCUUCCAGAGAUAAGUUGACUGAAAUGGCAAGAUUACAGAAGCCCUCAGAACCUGACUUCAACAUUAUGGAUGCAUAACAUGUAUCUAGUUUCGUCCCAACAGGUAUGAGAUAAUUAAGGUUCUCUAGCCAUGUAGUAUAAUUGUUUUUCUUUCGCUAAACCUACAAACCAGUGAUGGGUAACUCGAACUUCUGUUAACUACGCUGGGUUUGCUGCCCUAGGGU